CGAAACUUUAUUUGACGCUUACUGUAGCAGGCUGACCCCAAAAGACCCUACCACUGAAUGAGACAACUCCUCUUAUUCAACGCAAUUUCGUCAAAAUGACCUUCACCAUGAUACCUAUGCUGUUGUAUAUUUUGGAAUCGGACCGUACCGGUUAAGGGUUGAUAUAAGUCGAUGCGGGGGUUAACAGCUUUUGCGCAGACCGUUUUCCGUUGUUCUGAUGCAGGGAUUUCUAUUGACACUGUGAGUUACCUGGAUGACACAAAACAGACUGAAGUUGUUGCACCAGCAGUUUAUCAGCAAGCCAGCCUGACCGAGCGGACAGCACCAACCGGGGUGCGGGGAGAGGCUCUGCCACGGUAGGGGACCGCGUAGCCUAUACAUUGCAAGGAAUACAUUGUCUGCCGUCCUGCCAAAGCAGUUGCGGAAGCGUUCGCUCCCGGUUCAUCUAUCCCACCUCUCGCUUUUUCAACGGUAGGAUUGGGACCGAAAUGGACGCAAUGAAUCAAUUCUUCUUCUUUAAAUUCUCUGGGAUGGGCUAUUCCCAUAACGUCAUUUCAACUCCCUCUUUACAUUUUUUCAUUAUUUGACCCCCCCCCCCAACACACACACUCACACACACAUUUCCUAAAUGGAGCAGAUUGCCCGAGCGUUUCCACCACGGUGUUUCGGCUUUUGAUUUGAACUUCAGAUCACUUUACACUAUUUUAAGUGUUGAACUUCGUACGUGUCAUUAUUUUCUGGACGUUGACAAGCGGAUGUUCAGGCACAAGUCGACCGACGCGCUGGAACGUUUCUGGUGAUGCCAGUGAAGUGUUAAAGAAUAACUCGAACUUGUCUAUCCUUCGGCACUGGAUUAAACUUCCCACAUUCCUUUUCGCUAUGAUGUAUUCGCCUCUCUGUCUCUCCCAGGAUGAAUUCCACCCCUUCAUCGAGGCCCUGCUGCCUCACGUCCGCGCCUUCGCCUACACCUGGUUCAACCUGCAGGCGCGCAAGCGCAAGUACUUCAAGAAGCACGAGAAGCGCAUGACCAAGGAGGAGGAGCGCGCCGUCAAGGACGAGCUCCUGGGCGAGAAGCCCGAGGUCAAGCAGAAGUGGGCGUCGCGUCUCCUCGCCAAGCUCCGCAAGGACAUCCGGCCCGAGUUCCGCGAGGACUUUGUGCUCGCCAUCACGGGGAAGAAGCCGCCCUGCUGCGUGCUGUCCAACCCCGACCAGAAGGGCAAGAUGAGGCGUAUCGACUGCCUCCGCCAGGCCGACAAGGUGUGGCGGCUGGACCUGGUGAUGGUCAUCCUGUUCAAGGGGAUCCCGCUGGAGAGCACGGACGGCGAGCGGCUGAUCAAGGGCGGUCAUUGCUCCAGCCCCAUCCUCUGCGUCCAGCCGCACCACAUCAGCGUGUCGGUCAAAGAGCUGGACCUGUACCUGGCGUACUUUGUGCAGGAGAGAGAAUCAGAGCAGAGCAGUAGUCCUCGGACAGCUGUUGGCUCAGAUCAGGAGGACAGUCGAGCUGCUACCAUGGCAGACACACCAGAGUUCCAGGAGAGCUUUGUGACAUCGGGGGUGUUUAACGUGACGGAGCUCGUACAAGUGUCCAGAACUCCGGUGGUGACGGGCGCGGGGCCUAACUUCUCUCUUGGGGAGCUACAGGGUCACCUGGCCUACGACCUCAACCCAUCAGGAGUCAGCAUGAGGAGAACUCUGCCCAGCACCUCCUCCAGCGGGAGUAAGAGACACAAGUCGGGCUCGUUGGAGGAGGAGGUGGACAGCCCAGGAGGGGAGUAUUACCCCUCCCCCAACUCCCCUGCUGGGAGCUCCAGGACCUGGCAGGACGACACCGACGGAGGCAUGUCCCCCACAGUAAAGAAGACAGAGAUGGACAGCCCUUCUCCCCAGGAGAGCUCUCCUCGUCUAGGCAGCUUCACACAGCACCACCGGCCUGUGAUCGCAGUCCACACUGGGAUAUCGCGGAGCUCCUCCGCGUUGCACUUCCCUCCUUCGUCCAUCCUCCCCCAGACCACCUCCUACUUCCCGCACACGGCCAUCCGCUACCCCCCUCACCUCAGCUCGCAGGACCCCCUGAAGGACCUGAUGCCCCUGGCCUGUGACCCGUCUAGCCAGCAGCCCGGUUCCCUCAACGGCAGCGGGCAGGUCAAGGUGACCAGCUUGUCCAACUACAUCUCCUCCCAGAUGCUGGCCCCUCCCCCUCCGCCUGCCAUGCCCCGCCUCUCGCUGCCCCCGGACUCCAAGGCCAGCACCACGUCCUCUGACGGGGGGGGAAACUCCCCCACUUCCCCCACGUACUCCGGCCCCGGGACGCCCCCAGCCAGUCGCUCCUUCGUAGGACUCGGCCCUCGAGACCCAGCUGGACUCUACCAGACUCAGUCCUGGUACCUGGGAAACUAGACUCCGGUCGGAGCAGAAGCACGCCGAUGAAACACUUUAUCCGGAACCAAGGAAAAAGACACUCGGACAAGCCUGAGGAAGCUGUAUAUAAACGUUGUGUGUGUGGGUCCCGUCUGUCGAGGGUAUGUGAACACACGCAUAGGUGUUAACAUCCGGCUGCUCCGGCGACGGUGUCCGGAGGGGGAGGACGGAACGAGAGGGGGGGGGGGGGGGAGGUGAAGGGAGAGAAGGUCUGAAAGAAAUGAAGAAGGACGAAAGAGAGAGAGAGAGAGGCCGAGGACUUGGAAGAGAACCCACCCCCUCUACCCCCCUUAUUCAGGGCUGGGGGGGGCCCCCCCCCCCAGAUUGACCAUCAGGCCACACAUCACCGCCUCCCUAUCCUACCACACCUCUCUCGGACAAUGACCCCCACCCCCCCCCCCCCACACCCCCCAACCCCGCUAUCUGCAGGUGCUGCUUUCUCAUUUAUGCAAAUUAAGUAUCCUUUUUUCCUCCCACCCCCCAAUCAACAAGAAAGAGAGAUGGAUGGAGAGAGACGGACGGCAAGGUAGACACGUACAGGAUAGAGAGACAGAGAGAUGGAGAGAGAGAGAGAGGGAGAGAGAAAGAGAAAGAGGGAGAGGUUAGAGCGAGAGAACGAGGGGGUCGGAGAGAGAUUCUUUCUCUCCGGGACACGGACGGAGUUACUGACAAUCACGGACGAAUUUCGGUCAGUUUGCAGCUCGGGGCGUGGCUAUGGGUGGUGGUGGUGGUGGUGGGGGGGGGGCAGUUUGUUGUUGAGGCGGAAGAUGUAACCGAUGUAUCCGAGCCUGCGGUGUGUGUGUGUGUGUGCUUGCAUGUGUGAACGUGUGUUUCAGCACGCGCCAGGUGAGGUUCUCUUGUUUGAUGUGUGCAUUCGAGGGCAGGUGGCGUUGACGGGGGGGCGGGUCACUGUUCUCCUUCUACUUCCUGUCGGCCCCUCUGUUGGAGUCAUCAGAGAGCGACGCCACGCAGCUCAAGGACUCCCCCUCCUCUCAGUGCUCUUCCCCCACGGGGCUUCCUUUUCAGCUUCCUCCUGGCGUGUGAUUGGUGGAUGGGGACAGGUAUCCUGGCAUGUGAUUGGUGGAUGGGGACAGGUAUUCGUGAUUGGCGGAUGAUGACAGGCAUUUGAUGACGAGCGUUUGGAUUUUUGGGGGGGUUAUAGGCAUUGUGUAUAGCGGUUGAGCACAGGUGUGCGAUUGGUGGAUGAACGCAGGCUUGUGAUUGGUCUUGAGUCUGACCUGUCCAUCCAAGCAUGUAGAGAGGUACUGUAGAUAUGGGUGUACAUAUUGCUAAUAAAGGUCAACAUUUGUAGGGAUUUUUUUUCUCCAUCGUUUUAUCAAUACCCAGUGCUAACCCUUCUGGCUUUGUGAUGAGUGACAGUCAUUCCGGAAAGUUCUAGAGACAGAGCCGCUUGGAAGAGUCACAACAAGCGUAUAUAAUGCAUGGUGCUUUGUAGACCCAGCCCAUCUACACUGCUGGGUCUACCGGACAGGCACUAGAGACCUGAGAUACCUGCAUGAUCUCUCUCUUACUGCAGUUGAACCUCCAUCCCUCCAUCUCGCUGUCCGGCCUGCCCUCCACCCCUCCACCCCUCCUCUCCCAUCCCUUGAUCCCGAGCUCAUCGUGUCGUCUCUUCCUCCCUGCGUCCCUCCACUACUUAUCCCCUCCUCUAUCCUUUUAUCGCUGUCCCCGAAUUCCACCUCUCCGUCCUUCCAUCCGUCCUUCUAUCCCCUCCAUCCAUCUAUCCCCUGCUCCCUCCUUCCCUCCAUCCAUCUAUCCCCUGCUCCCUCCUUCCCUCCAUCCUUCUACCCCUCCACCUGUCAGCCCCUCCGCCCUUCCAUCCCUCCGUCAUGCAUCGCUCCCUCCACUCCUCAUCAGGAAGUGAAAGAGGGAGUUGUGGGGACUCCUUUUCUCUUCUUAACUUGUACUUGCACGGUAUUUUAUAAAACACAAGAUGUGCCUUGCCUUUCGUUAGCAACAGUAUUAUUAAUCGAAAAAAAUAUUAUUAAUUAUGUUCUUUAUGGUUUUAACUGGCAACAGUGGGUAAGCUAUAACACGAUGUUGGGAUUGGGUGAACCGUCACACGGACCAGGCUGGUGCUCGGAUGGGGUGAAAUGUCACAUGACCAGGCUGGUGCUCUGAUGGGGUGAAAUGUCACAUGACCAGGCUCGGGUUGAUGAUUGGAUGUAGUUGGUACUGAAUGGUGUUGAUUUAAGUUUGGCUUCUGGUUUUACAGUAUGUAAUGUACAGUUAAACCAAUUGGUUUUGAAGUGGCCACAUGCUCGAGUUAAACUUAUUUUGAAUGACAUGAAUAUGCAUUCAUAUUAACGCAUGCACUAAACCUGUUUCUUGUACCCUCGUCAAGUUUUAUAGUUAUUGUUAUUAUUAUAGUAUUAAGAUUGCUACACUUUGGACACAGUGAAACUGUGUAUAAAUACUUUUAGUAUAUCAGUCAAAGACUAAGUGUAUAUAAAAUGUUUUCUUUUUCUUGAGUGUGUAUCCAAUACGGUGUUUUUGCCUGUAUUUGGCCUGUGGCCAAGCCACAUAGUGCUCCAUGGGACAUGUGCGAGAGGAUUGUUCCAGAAAAAUAGACCAACCUCACACGAGGGUCUGUCACACGUUGAACUUUGACCUUUGACAACGGAGAAUCAAGCUUCCCUCGCUAUCAAACAAACGGCACCAGAUGCAUUUGCAGCCUCUUUGCCAAUCAAUUCUGUUCAAUUCAGUCCAUUGAUUUUUGUUCUUCUUUUUUUCUCUCUCACCAUACUUCUACAUCUAACCAUUGCGCGUUUUGCCGAUUUGCAUGUGAGCUUCAAGGUGUCAACCCCCCCCCCCCCCUACCAGGGUAUUUGCACUAGAAAACCUUGUUUUUCACUGUUCCGCUUUUAAGGAAAUGUAUUUAAAAGACGUGCUUCUGUGGAAAUAUUGCCAAAAACUGAACCUUUGUGAUGUACAGUUGAUGAGAGGGAACGAGAGAGAGAGAGAGAGAGAGAGAGAGAGAGAGAGAGAGAGAGAGAGAGAGAGAGAGAGAGAGAGAGAGAGAGAGAGAGUGGGAGAGAUGCAGGGAGAAAAAGAUAGAAAGAAAGGGAGAAAGUGAUAGAGGGAGGGAGGGAGAAAACCUAGACAUGGAUCUUGUCAUGAUAGUACUCUCUGUUUUUGCUGUACGCCCCGCUUGAGUCCCUGUUGCUCUCAGGCGGUCUGGCUGAGAGCCACGUCUCUCUGGGCUUCCUUCUAGAAGGAUCUGCUGUGGGCCGUUGUAGUUAGAGGACCAGUCAUUGAGACAAACUGCACUUAUGGAAAGAUCGAUCCGUCUCAGCUGUUGGAGUGUGGGAGGAGUGGGUAUCCAUCUGUCUGAUUGUUAGAGUAUGUGGUGUGUGUGUGCGUGUGUGUAGGAGGAGUGUGCUAAAUGAGGUUAGGUCCAUGGUGUGUGGAAGUUGCUGUGGUCUGUGGAUGUGUUGGUUUCAAUGAGGUGAGGUGGACUGGGAUUGGCUGGUCCAGAGACUGGCCCAGUGCUGCUGAUUGUAAAGGGUGUGAGUGUGUUUGGGGGGCAGCAGGGGGGGAUGUUGGGUGGGGUGUGUGUGUUUGUGUGUGUGUUGGAGGAGCUAGGGUGUGUGUGGAAGGGUGGUGGCUGUGAGGAGGUGGGGUGGGGGGGGAUUCACGUCAUGAAGUUCUGAGGCAGGGUCAGAAGAUACUAGGUUAGACCCCUCCAGGGGAGAUCCAGAGAUCCACAUCCCUUCCCUCCCCAGAUGGGAGUGGAUCCGCCCUCGGUGGCUGGGUGGCUCUGCGCUGGCAGCCAACCAGAGAGCCUGACUCCUACCCCACCUCCUGACCCCCUCACCAACAUGUUUUUUUACUAUCUGAAGUCCAGCGGAUUUGAGUCACAACCACUGACGUAAGCAGAGGGUCCCCUAGCCUGACUGGAUAAGGGUGGCAGUGAGGGGGAAAUGUGUGUUGACAGCUCAUGCAUGUGUGAGAGAACCACACUUGUAUGCUCACGUUGUGAAUCAAGCCCAUUUCGAUGUACGAUAUGUUGUCUUAAAGGUCCAAUGACGCGCUCGCGAGAAAUGACUGAAUGUUUUCGAAUUGAUUACAUUUUAUGACACAACCCAGAUUCUGAUUGUCCCAGGUCAUUCUAAUACGGGCAGCAAUGUGAUGUCAUAACGACACGACAGAAUACUAGUUCAAUGUUUUUACAAAGGCGGAUCUUUAUUGAGAACAUACAUGUUCUACAGCUAAAAGGAUAGAAAUUUGAGUAUUUUAACAAUCCACAAUAUUGUGUGGAAGCAAAAUUUUAAAACAUAAACAGAGAUACUUUUUGUGUCUUGGCAGGCUUGCAUGUCGUGACAGUGGACCUUUAAAUGUGUUGAAGUUCAUGUUGUAUUGAAUUGAAUAAUGAACGUGGUGUAUUUAUGCAAACUGGAGACCUUGUCUCUCCUCUAUUCUCCUGCUCUCCUUUCUCCCUCCUUUCUGGGUAAAGAUACAUUAAGCACAGAGUGGAGGCCACACCCCUCAAAGAGGGAAGCCACACCCCCAUCUUGAGGCCCCGCCCUCAAUGAGAAGACAAUUCUACGAGUUGUCAGGAUUAAUAGGCUAAGUUCUGGACUGUUCACAUAGUUAAUUUAGUGCACAUGGUGUUUUAACUUGGUCACCCUUCCUUUGGUUCUUUGUGUCCUACUUUCAACAAACCAGCAAAAGCAAAAGUUUCAUAAUAUGUGAAAACUGAAUACUGAUACCAAAAAUGAUUUCAACAAGCAGUGCCUGUCAUUUUACUGCUAAGUUAGUUUGAUUUCUUUUUUUUUGUGGCUAAUGACCUUGUAUGCGCUUGUGUCUGUGCUCGCGGCUGCGUGUUCUGGAUCCCGCUGUCACAGACCUUAAGUAGACGCCCAGGUACCUCACAGGCCUAUAGCAGCGGCCCUUACAGCUAGCAGGGAACCCACGAGCCAAUAGCAGUUGUCCUAACACAGGUACAGAGAUGAGAAGCCAUACAAACCAAGUGCAGUUAUGGAAGGCAUGGUACGGCCGGCCCUCCUGAACACUCAUUGGCUGGUGGAGACCAGGAAGAGGGAUUCAGGCAGAUGUCCAGGAAGGACCUCUUUCUUGUCUUGGUCCUGAACUGCUUUGCCUCACCUUGGUUCCUGCCUCUGUCCAGCGACUGGUUCUCCUCAGCUCAGCUCACCCCAGGCAGGCCCUGUCUCUGUGUGGUCAACUCUGCAUAUGCAACCGUGUCAUUGGUUUUAAGUCCUCCGGUAUAAAACACCGCCCUCCUGCGCCAACCCUUGCUUUUCGGUGGCGUAGCUGGCUGAGGCGGGGUUAACGAGAGGUGGUCGGGCGCGCGCAUGAGUCAGAGCACCCUGGUUCAAGCCCCCGGAAUGGGCGAGAAAGGGUGGAUGUACUGACGAGCGGCGCCAUGCCACCUGUUCCACGUGGUUGCUGUUGUAGGGGUUGAGGUGGGGAGGAUUCAGAAGUCAGCGCAUCUAAAUGCAGUGUUCAAAUAUUAGGAUAUUUUUGUUUUUCUUUUUGUCAAAUUAUACUUUUGUCAUUAUACAGAUAUUACCAUAGUAACGCAGUAUAUCGCUUGCUUGCAGUACAAGACAUUGCUACAAUCUUCACACCAGAGCAUGCACCUAUGUGCUCUCCUCAAACAGUAGAGUGGGUAAAAAGAAAAAGAAAAAAAUACACUUUUAAAAAUAAACACACGUUUUUAUUCCAACAAAUCACUUUAAAUUGCUUGUUCCCCCCCCCCCCCCCCCCCCCCGUUUUAAAGGAGUGUAUUAUCAGCAAAAGUCGGUACUCUGCUAAUUGUUUGCAAUCAUUCUGAUACUGGAGGACAUCAUUUUUACCUGGUGUGGGGGAGAUCUUCAGCUUAGACAGUAUUUCAUAAUGACUGUAUUCAGCCAUCGCUGUUAGCAAACGCUCAUGAGUUCAUGACAGGAAGUAUGUUUCCCUAUGCAAAAUGUACGAAAAUAAACAAGCUAUGCCAGAAUGCAGAAA